GUGUGUAUGUAUAGUUGUGUAUUAUCCGGGCUGCCCUAAAGGCAUAUUAACAAUAACCCGAACAAAUAGGACGGCGCUAAUGAUCAAAACGCAAAAAAAUAUUCACCUGAGUAUUCGGAAAAAUAUCAUCAAAGUGAAAUUAUUGCUAAAUGCGAAUAUGAAGGACUGUGCAACCACAAAAAUGACUAUUUCAUCAAGGAACUACUAAUGUAUUGUAGCGAGAAAAAUGCUUCAGAGGAUACUGCAACACCAGCACCCAUCUAUCAGUGCAUAGUGAUUAUAAUGCGGCUAGCGUCGCGACUGGUGCUGAAGGGUGAAAAUCAAUGCACGCUGUCAUUGUUUGAGCCGUGGCCACUUUCGCAUAGGCGACCACCAAUGUUAUCUGCACCGACUGUCUUAAACUGGCCAGAUGUUGGCCACAAUUCGUUCGUCAUCAAAGUCUUACAGCUGUACGGUGUCAAUGCUGAGGUGCUGUACCUACACGACGAUGAUGCCGGUGGUAACCACAUUGGUGUUGGGGUUGGAAAUAAAAGACUGCAAGGGAAGGAAAGUGCUAAAAGCAAACACAACCAUAAUGGCUAUAUCCGACGAAGUAUUAACCACAGCCACAGUUUGGGCAAUGGCGGUAAUUGUGAUGAUGAUGACCCCGACUUUUGCAAGGGCACCAACUACAGUUACAUGUGUGUGCUCGAAUAUAGACAAACGCAAAUCAUGAUAAAUAUUACUAGUGUCAAGUCGCAAACAGCAUACAGUUAUUACCUGCCACAACAAAAAGUGUGCGUCAGUGCACGACACGAGCUAAGAAGAGGUGGCAGUGAAUCAAUAAAAAGAACAGCGUCAGUGCCAGUGGCAGCAGAAAAAAGUCAAGCAAAAACAACAGCUACAGUCUCAUCAACGGCAUUUAACGCAUCUCGUGCAUUGACAACCACAACAGCAGCCGAAAGAAAAUCAAUGUCUUCGGCUGAAAAGUUAACGCAGAAUACAAUUUUAGAUGCGGCUGUUACUUCAAGCAUCCGAUCUGAGCGGACUACGGCUUUGUCGACCCCAAUCACAGUAUUACGCAAACUAAUAGCGCUAACUAAAAAAGCAACAAUUACAACGACAAAAUCGACUGCAACUUAUGGCUUUAUUCGACAUGUAUGUUUACUUGCAGCAUUGCUAUUAUCGGCAUUGACGGUGAAUCAUGUGAAUGGACAACAUUUAGGUUCAAGAGGAGCAACAAAGACGUCCACUAUACAGCCGUUUAGAAAUACAACAGAAACAACAAUACCAGUGAGUGUGAUAUCGACGCUCGAAAUUGGUGAAAGUGCCAUCUUAAAGGAUAGACGAACUAAUAGUAGUGAACGUUCAAUAAAAAAUCUGUUACCGCAAAACCAACAACAGCAACUUGACCAAAAACGAACGAUUGUUGACAUGCAAGUUGAUUUGGGGGUUAGUCAGUGGCGUGCACUAGUGGAUAAUUUUACAAGUGUCUAUGACAUAAAAAAAUACCAAGCUACCUCGAAUAAAGUGAAAGCUGCCGAUAUCACGGUCAUAAAUCAAAGAGAUGGCGACAUCUAUCGGCAGGAAACCACGCAGCACAACACUAAACGUUUCCUCCAGUCCCCAUUCAUCGCUGCAUCGUAUUCAAUGAGUAGGUCUCACGAGCGCAAUAUCACAUUGGAUCAACAUUUAAGCCAAAUUACUGUGGAAGCACCUAAAAUAGAAAACGCUUAUAAGCGCGACAACAGUCCGAUACAUUAUAGUCAAUUCAAUUAUGAUAAAUCAUAUAUUAGUGACUUAUUUAACCAGCAGCCAAAACGAGGUUGGCCACAACGAACCCCUACAAUAACGGCACACACAACAGCAUUAUCAGUAGCAGUACAUAUAAGUCGCAGUGUAGUCCCAGGACGGCAGAGGCGCCGGAUCAGGCGCAGCGCAGAAGAUUUUACUGACACACAUCUACGAAUUAGCGGCGGCACCGAAUUGAACACUACUACCAACAAUAACGAGCAGCAUUAUUCAAGAGUGCGCGGACAUAUGCUGAAAAUCAGAAAAAGACAGCAACAUAACGCAAAAAUGCGUUCGCAAAUUUUUUACGGCGAUGAGGACACAGUUCGCGAUGCCUACAGUGAAGGCUAUGUUGUGAAAUCAUUAGAUGUCCUUGAAAACCCAACGCUGGUCAAAUCUCAUGGCGCCUCCCUUAGAAACUCUAUGAAAAUAAUCGAUUCCUUUAUCACCGAUAGCAUUAAUAAGAAUACUCACUCGCAAUUCGCAGCCAGUGAGGUUAAUAAGAAGUUGCUGAAGCUGGUGAUGGACAGCUUGCAUCUACAGAGGUUACCGGAUAUGAAAAAACUCAGCGUUUUAAUAUUGCGCAAGCAUUGUGUGGAUGUUUGUGCUAUGUCACCAUUUAGCGUAGCUGAGUGCCGCUUUGAAGUGGAUAUGACUUAG